AUGGCCCCUGCAAACUUCAAAACCUACGAGGCCCAGGCGCGCCUUCUUCGCGCCAUCGUGGCUGCCCAUCCGGAGGUCAAGUGGAACCACAAGGACAUCCAGAAAUUUUACGGCUCAGAUAUGACCAAGGAUGCUCUCCAACAUCGGUUCAGAGCUAUCCGCAAUCAUGUUAUUGUGCUUCAGCAGGCGGAUGAACAGGGCAUCGACUGCAAGGUCAUCCCCGUGGACCUGCCCAAGGAGAAGAAGGAUAUUGCCAAGUUCUUCGGCGAAUCUACCACCGAUGGCAUCCAGUUCCAGUUCCGAGGCAUCAAGAAGGAUGCAGAGUCGCUCAAGCAGACGGCCAACAGUGGUGGUAACCCAGCCUCUGCCUUGACUUUAACCCCCAGCGGUACUACAAGCGCUGCUUCGACUCCUCGAAAGCCCCGAACCCCCUCCACCAAGGUUCGCGCUUCAGGCGGUGGUCGCUCGACCACAACGAAGAAGACCAUGCAGAUCAAGCCUGCCCCGAUGUCUGACGAUGAAGAGGAGGGUGAGGAAGUCGACUAUAACGCACUCGAGGACACUCCCUCCAAGACCCGCGUCCACAACGUUAUCGAUGGCCGAGUGACCAAGAAUAGAGGCACUCCCAACCCCCGCCGCAGCGCCACCCCGAGCCGUGCCGCUACUAUCGCCGCGGCUGCAACCAUUGCACAAGCUGCCGCCGUCGAUCUAACCACUUCCGAUAGUGAGGUGAACACCCCGGACAACGGUUCGGGCUACGAGCUCCCUACCAUUGUUGAGACCAAGCAUGUCGCCAUGAACCCGCAGCCGUCCUUCGACGAGGCCACCGCUAAUCAGCAGACCGUCAUCCAGCCCGCUGCCAUGGCCAGCUUCACCGGCAACGACAGCUUCUCGCAGUCCAUGGAUGACGCUUUUCUCAACCCUGCCAACAGAAUCAACGAUGAGCUCAACUUCAGCUUCUCCGAGAGCAUGCAGAAUUCCAACGGUGGCUACGACUCGUUUAUGGGCGCCGAUGGCGAGAUCUGA